AUGGAGAUGGCGGAAGCCGCAGCAGCCUCCCCGUUGCUGACGGUGGGCACCAUUGUCGCCUACGAAUGCCUCCUCGACGAAACGGCAGGCACAACCUCGUGGCGGCUUGGAUCCAUUCUGGCGCUUCCCUCCUCCUCCUCCACUGCUGGCGGCUCUGUGGAAGCACACACCACUGCCCCCGCCGAAGCAAACGCAGCGCCUACGAAUGGCAAGGGAAAGUCACUAGAGGUCAUGCCGCCGAAGGCAAACCACGCCAACGGCGGCGCUCCGGAUGAUAGGGUGGGCAUUGUCACUGUUAUGGUCACCCCGUCGCCAAUGCCGGCAUCUGCGUGUCAGACGGUGCUGAUCCAGCCAUGGAUCCCGCUGGCACCGGUAGCUGGUGCACACGGAGACGCUGGACAUUUCAACCCGUCGGAUGCUACCGCUGGGACUCCGACAAGGUCAAGUGGUGGUGGUGGUAUCGGCAGCCACCCUCCCUCUUCCCAGCGGCACGUCGUCAUGUCGGCCGCUCACCUUGCCGACAUCAACGCCACGCACAAGGAGUUAGAAGAAAUGCAGCGCUUCGAACGGGAUGAAGACGGCAUUGACUCUGACAGCUCUCCCACCAUUGCGGCGAGCCGCCACUGCAGGAGCGCCGUCGGCGGCGAUGAUGACGAGAACGACAAGCAGCUCGCCGCGGCGCUCUCGCAAGCGUACACGCGCGUGCUGGCCUCCACGACCCACUCCAGGGAGUGCAGAAGCCUCCUCCACGCUGACGACCUGCACCGCGGCAGCACGGAGGGUGUCACCGCCGAGGUAGAUGGCGAUGGGGAUGCAAAUCCAGUGCCGACUCGACAAAUUGAGGAAAAGCGUGUCGAGUUCCUCCACCGCGUCGAAAAAAUCCUCGGCGAGAUGAGGAAGACGCGCAAGAGCCAACGCGAGUUGCAAGUGGCCCAGAAAACAGUGCAGGCGUCCCUCGAAGACGCGAGGCGACAGCUGCGCGACGCACAAGAGAAAGUACAGCACAUUGAUAGACGGCAUCUGCGAGAAAUUCAGGGCUACCGGCUGCCGCCGGCAGUGGUGAAGCUUGUUAUGGACGCCGUGCUCUGCGUGCUCGGUGAGAAGACGAAGAACUGGACUGACGUGGUGACUGCAAUGCGCAGCCCGUCCUUCAUCUCUAAGGUCGCCUCCUCCCACAACGUGCAGCUCACGCCGGCCGAAGUGCAGGAGCUGAGGAAGAACUUUAUAUCGAACCCACACUUCUCUUACGCCGAUGCACUCAAAGGUAGUCAGGCUCUCGGUCAGUUCUACGAGUGGGUGAUGCGUCAGGUCCAACUGGUAGACGCAGGCAACGCCCAUGCACGGUUCAGGGCAGAGAAUGCUGAGCGCAUCAAAGCACUCGCUGACGCUCGCAGAAAGAUGAAGGCAGAAGCAGCGGAGCUGCAGCGCCUUGAGGAAGAGAUCGAGGCCGUCAUGUCUGAGCAGACACGUCAGCUGCAGGAGCAGCGCUCCGACGCACUCAACAUCUACCCUACGAACUGCGAGACAUGGUCGCAGCGUCGCUCGUCAGCUUUAACAGACGCCCUUGUGCCAGCGGCCGAGUCGCCAGGAGCGGCGAAGACGAGUACGCAGCGCCUCCACCGAACAUCGGUGAGCCCCGCUAGCGGUGCGGCGCCGCCCAUGUCGACGUCAGCACGGCUGCGCUCCACAGCAGCCCAGGCAGCAACGGCUGACUCCUCGGAGGCAACGGCGAACAGUAACGCGGCCGCGGAAGCCUGUGUUGAUGCCGCGCAGCAGCGGUCGAGCACAAUGGCCGCUGUCAUAGCCGUCCCAGCUGGCAACGCCUCGGUGCCGCGCGCCGCAACUGACGCAGCUGCGAUGACAGACGACGACAUGACGAAGAGGACGGGCAGUGUGUGCGCUGCCAACAAUUCUCCUACUUCGCUGACAGUGGCCCAGCAGCAGCAGCAGCAGCAGCAGGUCCUGACGAUGAUGCCUCCUGGUUCGCGGUGGAUGUGCCCUCAGCCAGGCUCCCUGCACAGCAGCUACAUUCUUCGCAGCAGCAUCCUGUGUGUCGUGGGCCACCAGCAGCAGCGGACGUGCGAGAAGUCUGGAGAGACCUCCCUCUACCACAACACCGCUACACCCGCGGCAGACAUAGUCGAGCUCACGAUGGUGAAGCAGCAGCUCGUUGCGGAAGCUCUGCCGGACCCUAAACGGGCGGUGUUGCCGCUCCCGCCAACAUCCGCAACAGUCGCAAGCCAACGCUCCUCGAACGCCACCAUAGUCACGCAACAUGGAAAAGACCUCACAGGAAAUGAAUGGGAAAAGGUGGUGAAGGACUCACCUGGCGAUCUGCGUCGAACCACUGUGGAGGACGUGCCCAUGAUCUGCCAGGACCCAGACCGCGCUGCGGUAGACGUUGAGUGGGCGCGCGGGAGUCUGCAUGGGCAGUGCGCCGUAUCCCACCCCGACAGCGGCAGCAGUGAGGCCGUGCGAGCAGCGAUCAAAGAGAGGGCGUACCCGACGGUGAUGGCGAUUUACAAGCAGCGCCAACGCACACGCGACUGGUUGGACGAGGAAGGCCUACGUGAGCGGCAGCAAGUGGCACCUCUGGCGUCGUUGGAGGAAGAGGUCCAGGAGGAGACGGAGGCUCCCCGUGAGACUCAGUCGCUGCGCGAUGCCUUCGGCGCGGACAAGCGGCCCUUGGCGGCACAGACGGCGAGUCAGACGGUAGCCUUCGACGACGUCGGAGAGCGCCUGGCCUCUCAGGAGGCACUCCAGGAAAAGGCAGCGAUGCGGCAGGCACUUGAGGUGACUACAACUCAACUCGAACGCGUCCAGGCGCUGCUGCGAGUCUGUGAGGAGGCGGCAGAGGUGCACAAGGCGGCGCUGGCCGAGAGCCAAGCCAAGGUCAAGAGCGCUGAAGAUCAAGUCACAGCUGCACAGGUUCGGAUGGCCUCGGCGGAAGAGCGGAUAAUGAAGGUGGAGACCGAUGCGCGAGGAGCCCGCGCAGCAGCUGAACUGUCGACGGCACAGGCAGAGAAGGCCUUGGAAGAUCUCGAGGGUCAGCUACGCACCGCCCAAGCAGCUCUUGUGGAAGAGAGGACGAGGCUCCAGGAGGAGCUCGACAAGGCACAGGCCGCAGCGGCAGCGCGCGAGAAGCAGCUGCUGCACCAGAUGGACGCCAUGAAGAAGCAGCUGGCCGAGGCGCAGCGUCACGAGAAGGCCAUGAAGGCGGAAAAGGAUCGGCACCAACAGGAGGCACCAGCAGCAGCAGAUGCAAAGCGAGCAGUGGAGCACGCAGUUCAGCUGGCGGCGCUGGAGCAGAAGCUGAAGGAGGCAACGUUAGCACAGGCGGCUCUCCAGGAAGAGCACCAGCGCCUACACAGUGCGUUCGAGAGGGCUCAAGCACAGGCCGCAGCGAACGAGAGGGCACGUCUUCCACUACAGGAAACGAUCAAGUCUGUGCAAAUGCAGCAGGAGUAUCAGCAAGGGCACGUCGCCCACUCACCUGCGCAUCCUUUAAAGCGCCCCAAGCACAACUCUUUCGAACACGCACAGGUGCGGGUGGCCGAGGCGAGUGCUGCCUUCGUGGAGGCGUUGGGCGCGCAGCUGACCGCCGCCGAGGUGGCAACAAGCUUCUGCGGGGCGGAGAUGAAGGCCGCAGCUGCCCGAUCCCAGCGCUCGUUUGCCGCGAUGGAGCAGGAAGUACUGGAAGCUCAGCGACGCGCAGCGCAGCUGGAGGAAGCGCGGCGGACUGCACGCGAGAAGCUGCAAGCGAUGAUGACGGUGGUUUCUGCUGAGGACGCCGGCGACUCUGCGACGGGGGCGGAGCUAAUGCGCCUUAACAGCAUGCAAGAGCAUCAAGAGGCGCUUUCGGACAUCAGCGAGCGCGUGAUUGCGGCGUCGGCGGCGUUGACGAGCGCCAGCGAGACCCUCGAGACACACCAGCAGCAGCGUGCCGCGGGGCUGAUGCAGGAGGAGGCGCGUCUUGCAAAGGUAUUCCACGAGGGUGGCGGCCACGACCGCAACCGCAAGGGCUCCGACUUGGCGGCGCAAAUAAUGUGCAAAGUGUAUGAGAGCACCACGGGAUCUUUCCUCAGCCGACGCCAGUGUAUCGGGAUGAACGCCUGCCUCUGCGCCCUGCUGUUGCUCUCGCUGACAACCCUCCAGUACAAGAAAUACCAUGUUUGA